AUGCAACUAGUUCUUCUGGGGUUUGGGAAUCUCCAAGAUCUGAAAUAUUUAAUUUUUGUCUUCUUCCUACUAUGUUAUGUUAUCAUUAUAUUUGGGAACUCCUUGGUAAUCAGUUUAAUAACUACAAAUAAAAAACUCCAUUCACCCAUGUACUUUUUCUUGUGCAAUUUAUCUAUUUGUGAGAUACUCUUCACCACCAUAUUUGUGCCAUUCAUAUUGUAUGUUAUCUGGGGAAAUGGUGCGUCAAUUUCAUUUUAUGGUUGUGUUACUCAGUUGUACUUGGGAGCAUCGGUGGGAAGCGGUGAAUGUCUUUUCCUUACAGUGAUGGCCUAUGACCGAUAUUUGGCUAUUUGCAACCCACUGAGGUAUUCAGCCAUCAUGAAUAACAAAAUGCAAAAUCACCUAUCUUUGUGUUGCUGGCUUCCUGGAUUUAUAGCAAUGGCCUUCUUAAUUAUCUCCAUCUGCAACUUAACGUACUGUGGGUCCAAUAUUAUUGACCAUGUGCUUUGUGAUCUGGGUUCAUUUUUGCAGUUGCCUUCUGCUGACACCUACAUAGUUGAAAUUGUAGGUUCAAUAGUCACCUUUCCUUUUAGUAUUCUUCCACUUACACUGAUAAGUUUGAGCUAUGUCUCCAUAUUUUUCACUAUACUGAGA